AUGACGCCCGGCAAACAUUCCAGUGCAUCAGUCCCGGCCGCUAACGCCGGGGUAGGGUACAGGGACUCCAGAAGCAGCUGGGAAGGGGGUAGUUCCACUGCCCAGCCGGUCGCCACCAUGCCCAUUUCUCCGACAAGCAGCCGCAAGCCGAUGAACCUCGGGCCUAAUCAUGGCUUACAACCAAAGAAGUCUAUUAGUUUCAUUGACACAACAAAAGCUACAACAAAAGGAUACAUUAGUGCAAAUCAAAGCAGAAUGGGUGUAUCAAAGACCAUGCUGGUUCCUGACUCAAAAACGAUGGAAAAAAUGAAUAUUUCCAGCGCAAAGACAGCCACACAGGUUUUUGAUCUGAAGGGAGUUGAUGUUACUCCCCGACCUCUUUACCGUCCAGAUCCAUAUGCUGGUACACCAAAGCCAAAUAAACUAUUGACGUCACAAGAAGGAUCACUUGGAUCAGAAUUUAUAUCUUCCUAUAGCCUUUAUCAGAAUACUAUAAAAUCUAGUAUAUUAGGACAGUUUACAAGGUCAGUUUUAGGAAGCAGUUCUAUUUCAAAAUCAAGUGUAUCAACAACUGAAUCAAUAGCAGAAGACCUAGAAGAACCAUCUUAUAAACGAGAAAGACUGGCUAGUUUUACAGAUUUACGAGUUAUGAGGGCAAUACCUGAAAAAGUUAUAACAAAAGAAGACCUGGAGAAGACUAUAGAUAUAAUACUCACAGAGACAGAAACAAUAAAACUUUUUGACUUACCAACAGUCAUGAUCUCUGUUGAAUCUGAAGAUGCUGAGAAAGUAAUCAAGAGAAACAAGAAUUAUGAAAGCCUUUGUAGAAAUAGAUUAGGUAAUGACUUAUAUGUUGAAAGGAUGAUGCAGACUUUUAAUGGAGCACCAAAGAAUAAAGAUGUUCAGUGUGAUAAAAUCGUAAUGGAAGAUAAAGGUGUAAUGUCUACUACCUGGGAUUUGUAUGAUUCUUAUAAUGCUAUAGAACUUUCAUCUUCAUCAGUUAAAAGAUCUGCACUUGAAUCAACUAGUAAAUCAAAUAUACUUCCUAAAGAUCGGGAACAAAGAUCGCAAGGAAGUACUAUGGAAAAAAAUAGUGAAGCUAGUUCUCUAAUGGAUAUAGAAAAUGUAAUUCUGAUUAAAAUCCAUGAAGAUGAGGAAGAUGAAUCAGAUGCAAUAUUAAAAUCUGACAAGUUUCAUCAGGACUUAUUUUUUAUGGAACGUGUUCUAAUGGAAAAUAUAUUUCAGCCAAAACUUGCAGCUUAUCGUCAGCUUCCUGUUUUAAAAGAACCUGAGCCUGGAGAGCCUGAAAUAUGUAUAGAAGGUGAAAAACAUGAAGAGGGAGAGGAAGAAGCUAAGAAGGAGGAGGAGGAAGAAAUAGAAAUACAUGUACAGCAAUCAACAAUACCAGCCAAUUUGGAACGACUUUGGUCUUUCUCUUGUGACUUAACUAAAGGCCUUAAUGUGAGCAGCCUUGCCUGGAAUAAAACAAAUCCUGAACUUUUGGCUGUUGGCUAUGGGCACUUUGGAUUUAAAGAGCAAAAAAGAGGAUUGGCUUGCUGUUGGUCAAUAAAGAAUCCUAUGUGGCCAGAACGUAUUUAUCAGAGUCCAUAUGGAGUUACUGCUGUGGAUUUUUCCAUUGGAUCACCUAAUCUUUUAGCAGUUGGCUUUCACAAUGGUACAAUUGCAAUUUACAAUGUUCAGAGCAACAAUAAUAUUCCAGUUCUGGAUAGUAGUGAAUCGCCUCUAAAGCAUUUGGGACCUGUGUGGCAACUGCAAUGGAUAGAACAAGAUCGAGGAACAACAGGGGAUGAUAAAAGAGAAAUAUUAGUUUCUAUAUCAGCAGAUGGAAGGAUCUCCAAAUGGGUUAUACGGAAAGGACUGGACUGUCACGAUUUGAUGCGAUUGAGGAGAACUACUUCUGGCAGUAACAAAAAAGGAGGGGAAAAGGAGAAGAAAGGUGAAGCUUUGAUAUCUCGACAAGCUCCUGGAAUGUGCUUUGCUUUUCAUCCCAAGGACACAAAUAUCUAUUUGGCUGGCACUGAAGAAGGUCAUAUUCACAAAUGUUCUUGUUCAUAUAAUGAACAAUACCUAGAGACCUACAGAGGACAUAAGGGUCCAGUGUAUAAAGUAACAUGGAACCCAUUUUGUCAUGAUGUAUUCUUAAGCUGUUCUGCAGAUUGGGGUGUUAUCAUGUGGCAACAGAAUAAUCUUAAGCCAUUUUUGAGUUUUUACCCAACUACUUAUGUUGUUUAUGAUGUUGCCUGGUCUCCAAAAUCAUCCUACAUAUUUGCAGCUGCAAACGAGAGCAGAGUAGAGAUUUGGGAUCUUCACAUCAGCACUUUGGAUCCUCUGAUUGUGAAUUAUGCUAACCCUGGAAUCAAGUUCACUACCGUUCUCUUUGCCACACAAACAGAUUGCAUUCUGGUGGGAGAUAAUGAUGGACAGGUCGCUGUGUAUGAACUAAAAAAUAUGCCUACUACUUUAGAUUCAACCCGGGGAGAUAUAAUAGCCACUUUGCUUGGACCCAAGUCAAACCCACCAGGAUAAUUCAUCAUUCCUUAUAGCUUUUCUCUUCUUUAAAGAAA